UCCCGCUGAUCGUCUCUAAUCUCCAAGAGCAGAGAUGACACUCCGUUGACUAUUUGAUACGUGAGAGUUUUGUGCACUCGCCAGGAAUACCCAGGUCUCUGGGAUGCAACCAGCACAGAUGCACAUGUAUUCCACUCAAGCCGGGUUUAAAAGGUUUACGCUGAUUUGUUCUGUAACUAACUGGGCGUGAAUGGCAGAGGAGGAGGGUGAAGAGGAGUGAGAGAAAACGGGGUGCUCAUUUAUCGGAAUGACACAGGAGUGCGCCUCAGUGCUCCCUUUUCUGCUAGCGCUCAUGGGGUUCGUUACAGCUGGCAUUAACCUCUGGCCCUCUGUCCACACUGCUCUGAGCAAUGCCAGUGUCUUUGUGGAGUACCACACUGACAGCAAUACCACUGGCCGAGAGAUGACCGUUCAUUUAGUCGACAUGAAUAAAAAUGUCACCGUGCUUACCAGACAUAUCUCUUCAAACCAGUCAGAGGGCUCACUGGAGUUCAACUGUUCCUGUUUCCUUUAUGCUGGUCAUUUCAGAUUUAGACUUAUGCAAACAAUGGACUCAGGUGACACCACAAAUAGAAGCACCAUCUGGUGGUGGAGCCCAGAACUGUAUGUCCAGUGGCCAACAUUUCAUAUCUCAGUGGACCGUACUAGUAACCACAGUUCCAGUGCCUUCCAGAUUGGUGUGUUCACCAAUAAUGACUUCCAUGCUUGCUCAGACAGCAGGGCAACAUCCCUCUACCUGGAGGUUAGCUACUUGGAGCACAACCAAAUUGGGACUCAGACCAUUGACAAAGUGCGGGACCGUAGACGUCAUGACAUCAAACUAGUGAAGUCCCAGCAUGUGGAGAUUGACUGUGCCCUCCAUCUUACGGAGCAGGACUUCAUUCAAGUGUCCCUCAAAUCUCCACACACCGAACAGGACAUUAAAAGCCCAGGACCUGUCUAUCUGUCUCGCAUCUUCUCCUAUAAACUGCUGGUGGACAAUAUUUACAAGAGUGGUUGUGACAGCACCGUUGUGGUGCGUCUUGUAAGCCCACCCUGUGCGGUCACUAGCGGGAAGGUGGUGCUGUACCGGGAGGAGACCAGGACAGCUACUGCUACCGCUGUGGGCACGGAGGUGGGUAAACAGUCUCAUUUGGCCUACAACUGGUUCACGCACGGACAGAAUGAAACGGAAUUUAACUGCUCUGUGUUCGACCUUGGCAAGAAUAAGUACUGUUUUCACUUUGUGUUAAUCUACAGUCAGGCUCACAGCAGAGCUCAGACGUGCGUCAUUGUGCAGAGGAAUUCUGAGACCUGGGGCCCUUGGCAGUCAUGGAGCGGCUGCAGCGUGACCUGUGGAGAGGGUGUGAGGGAACGUGUCCGUGAGUGUCUGGUGCCCUCUGGUGGUGGCAUGCGCUGCACUGGUAUGGUGAGGGAGCAAUCUCACUGCUCACUGGAGGACUGCACUGAUGUACCCCAACUCUCUCCUUCUGUGACACCUCCACCAGCUGUGGUCUCUCCCCUUGGAGGGAAUCUUAUGGCUGUAGCUGGGAUUUCUCUGUGUCUGGCUGUGAUCCUUGCCACUGUUCUUAUCACAGUAUGGAGGAAGCUGUGCCACACUCCCAAGUGCAGUUCAGUGCGACGUAGUUCCAUGCAUUCUCCCAGUGGCAGGAAGAACUCUGAUGAGGCAUCCAUAUGUGGACAUAGCCUGCAGAGACCUAGCUUCUCCGAGAGCCUACAGGCUGCCCCUCCUCAAAAGGGGUUUAGCCUUUCCCCUACCACAGGAUCAUCUGAAAGACCCCUACUCACCCAUCAGCAGAGUCUGUCCCUUCCCCUGCCUCUUCCUCAAGAUCCAGAGAGGAUGUCUCCUUCUGGCCAGAAGAUUGUGCCACCAAUUUUUGGCUACCGUUUAGCACAGCAACAGUUGAAAGAGAUGAAGAAGAAGGGCUUAAAGGAGGCCACUCAAGUUUAUCAUGUCUCACAAAGUCCAGUGGAUGAUACCAUGUUGGAAGCCACAGCUUCCACCCCUGUGGAGGUAACACCAGUACCACAAGACACCGACAGCCAGGAAGAUGCUAACGUCAACCGUUUCCGUAUCAAAUCCCCAUUUGUAGAGACCACUUGGACACAAAAAACAUCUGCCACCUUACCUGACAGACUUAGCUCCAGAAGGGAUCCAAUCCUGGGUAAUAGUGGAAGCUCUCAACGUUAUGACCGCACAGCAGACUGGGUGGAAAUGGUAGAACUGAGCACACUAGGCUAUUCCAAGAACCCAAACUUCAGGAGGACGUCUAGCUUCCACGAGAGCAAGCAGCAACAGCAACUCCCACCACGGCCUUUCAGGGAGAGGAGCAUGACUCAGGUAGCACCAAGACAGCUUCCUGAGGGUAGCUGCAGAACCAAGGCAUGGGAGCACCCAAUCCCAGAGUUGGAAUACUGGUCCCAGUCCAAACCUAGAAUGCCCGAUAACUCGGUUGACCAUAGGCGCCGACCCUGGAUAGAACCUAUGAUAUCCCAGUCUGAAAGCAAAUCCAGUGUUACGGCACCGAUUAAGCCUGGAAUAGGGUCAACCAGUACAUCAGAACCCAGUAGCAAUCGUCAUGUUGGAGGGCAGGGUCUGUCUCUUGCCCUGGACAGAGCUGAGAGGGCUGAACAGAACUGGAGUAGAAGGGGGCCCUCACCCAUCCAGAGGAACAUCUUGGCCAGAAAGCUUCGAGAGGCCAACUCGUCAGCCUCUGGCCACCGGCAACGCAGCUCCACGUUCUCAAGCUCAGAGCAGCGCAGGGGCCGGUGUCGUAGUCUACCCCUUUCCGCUGACUACAGCAACUCUACUUAUGGCCUCAGUGAGUCUGAACAGCGCAUGAUGGACAUCUCUGGUUAUUUGGGCGAGGAGGACUGAAUAAGGAUGGUUAAAUGUUCAGAAACUCACCUGCUCAGAGAGUGGGUGCACUUAGGUUAAACCGACGACAGAUCCAUCUCACAAAGAAACUCUAAGGGGAAGUGUCAGGUAUUCCACGAUGCAGGAUUUCUCACCAAGCCAAAUAAUUUGAGGUAAAAAUUAAAGCUGUCCAGUAGCAAAACAGCCAAAAAAACAACAGCCUUGAUUUGUGAAUUAAGCUAACAGAAAAAUCCUGCCUCUGCAAACUCCCCUGCUGUAAUUUAGCAUCUGAAUUCAAUCAUAGCUCAGAACCAUUACUUGCUGGCACAACACUCAUCUUCCAAUGAAUCUAAACUGGACUGAAACUGAGGCUACCUGUAGGGCCACUUUGACCCAUCUCAGGGACAGUGUACGAUAAUCCUAACAAAUAUGACCAAAACAAAAUCGU